GCGUGUAAAUAAAUGGACAACAUAUGAAAACCCCACCAGCUGCUGUCUCUACAUUCUUGAUUUUCCGGCAAUGAAACAACUUCAGCUUCAGUAUCAUUUGGGGUUCAAACACAAUGUUUAUGUCCACAGAUUGAUGCCCAUGGCCAUGCCACUAUCUACACCUCUGCCUAAACUUCCCCUUAAACUCAAAAUUUCACCUAUUACUCCAUCUCCUCUUCUCUGUAAAUUCAAUGAUUCUGAUAUGACCUCACAGCUAGAAAUGCUGAAGCCUGAAGGAAAGAAGCCAGAGAAGCGUGUCAAUGGAAUAUUCUGGAUUCUGCUUCUUAACCUUGGACUAUAUGUAGCAGAUCAUGUCUUCCAGGUUCAGGCAGUAAAAGCAUUAUACUUAUACCACAAUCGGCCUGAUUGGUACCAGUUUGUGACUGCAACAUUCUGUCAUUUUAACUGGAACCACCUCUCAAGUAACCUUUUCUUUUUGUAUAUUUUUGGAAAACUCGUUGAAGAGGAGGAAGGGAACUUUGGAUUGUGGCUUUCUUAUAUAUUAACUGGGGCUGGAGCUAACCUUGUCUCGUGGUUGAUUCUGCCAAGAAAUGCUGUGUCUGUUGGUGCAUCUGGUGCAGUGUUCGGACUCUUUGCUAUUAGUGUACUUGUGAAGAUGUCUUGGGACUGGAGAAAGAUACUUGAAGUACUUGUAUUGGGCCAGUUUGUCAUAGAAAGGGUGAUGGAAGCAGCCCAAGCUUCAACAGGAUUAGCGGGAGGUAUUAAUGGAGGGUCUGCCUUACAAAAUGUUAAUCACAUUGCACAUCUCUCUGGCGCCCUAAUUGGUGUUGCUUUGAUAUGGCUGCUGAGUGGAAUUUCUACUGAACCGGAUGCACGGAACAAUAAAAAGUGACUCCUAAGAGUUGAUAACAAGGAAAGAUGUUUUACAAACAUGUAGUAAAUUGCUCAUUGAGUAAAGAAAAUCAGUUCAAUGACAAACAAAGGCAUUUUACGCAGAAUUUUUAGUAGACCGAACAUUACCAAGGACAUUUUUGGUGAUUUUUGUGUUGAUAGGAUGUAUCAAUAGAUGAUCAGAUUUGACAUGGUGUAUAGAUUUUCUCAACUAUUGAGUAUUAUAGCAUGGAUAGGUAAUUGUUUUGUUCA